CCAUGUUAGAGUGAAUCCGUGCUAUAGAAGUGCCGUGUUAUACGGGGGUUACCUGUACUGCCAGAUCACAAGUAUUUAGAUUAUAGAUUCUCAACUGUAUAUAUUAAUAUAUAGAAUUUUUGACAUUAGGUCUUUUCAUUUGUAUUAUCAGUUAAUGAAUGUUCAUUUAUUUUUAAUUAUAGCAGUACAUGAUAUCGCUGCAUAUUGCUGUAGAGUUAAAGUUGAGUUUUCAAAAACUCCAUUGCCAACAACCUGCUUUCCUGUCAAAACUCUGUAUACAUUUUUUCAAAUACCAUAUUGAUCUGAAUAUGAUGUGAUGUUUUUCUUAGUCUGCUGCUCCCAUUAUAAGUUUCAAGGAAGAAUGGAAAGAAAUGUAAUGAUCUUGAAAGGGUCAUGGAUCAUAAAAGAAAAUGAAAAGUUAUAGAUUUACUGAUAGAUGUAUUUCCUUCCAAAUUUAAAUUUUGAAGUCUAUUAUUAGUCAUACUCUCAUAUUUUUCCCUAAUGUUGUUAAUCUUCAAAUCAUCAAUUCUCAGUCUUUUAUCAUUUCUAUUUUUUUUUAUGUGCUUCAAUUUAACUCGGAUCACAGCGAGCGAGAGGUUGUGGUCGCUGCCACAAUCCACCCCUGGAUAUGUUUUUAUAUUUGUAAUUGUGUUCCUGUAUCUAUGAUUAAUCAAAAUAAAAUCUAUUUGAUUUCUAACUUCGAUUUCCCUUGAUCCUGGGGCUUUCCACGUAUAAAGUCUUCUUUCGUGAUGUUUGAACCAUGUGUUCAUCGCAGUCAAGGCCUUUUCCCUACAGAAAUCAAUCAAUCUUUCACCUCUAUCAUUACGUUCUCCAAGUCCCCAGGGGCCAAUAACAUUUCCUUCUCUUCCUCUUCCAACUUUUGCAUUCAUAUCCCCCAUUAUUAGGAGAAUAUCUCUAUUAUUUUUUCCUUGAAUACAUUGGUUUAUUUGCUGAUAUACUUCCUGUACUUCUUCGUCUGUGUGAUCUGUAGUAGGUAGGUAUGUUUGGAUAAUCAACAUAUCUCUUGGUUUCAUCUUGAUCCUCAAGGCAAUGACUCUAUCCGAUAUUUGCCAAUAUCCAUCGAUUUUACAUGAUGUUUUCCUAUCAAGGAUUAAUCCAACUCCUCGUUCAUGUUCCUUUCCUCCUGAAUAUAUGAAUCUGAAUCCUUCUUCUGUUUUUAUAUCGCCUCUUCCUGUCCAUCUAACCUCGGAAAUACCAAGAAUCGAUAUUCCCAGAAUCUUCAUUUCUCUGAUGACAUUGGCCAAUUUUCCAGUUUGAUAAAGGGACCUCACAUUCCAGCAUCCCACUCUUAGACUUUCUUUAAGAGCUGCUUUUCUGAUUGUCUUUCCUUUAUCGGCACCAGGACUUCCAGACGGCUUUAAUCCAGGCACGUCAUUUGAAGCACUCGUUUCCAGGAAAUCCAGACCAUGUCCGCAGCAUCUCUCCCUGGUAGCAUACUGCACAAGGACAGACCCAGGGGUCCCAUCUGUACUUGUGCAUAUCUCAUUUAUACUUCGUUCAAUGUUCAUCAAGUCUUGGAAAAAAAGAAAUAGAACAUGGUGGUUUUCCGUUGCCUUCCAUGUUUCGAAUUCAAAUUUCAAAUUUGAAUUCGAAACAUGGAAGGCAACGGAAAACCACCAUGUUCUAUUUCUUUUUUUCCAAGACUUGAUGAACAUUGAACGAAGUAUAAAUGAGAUAUGCACAAGUACAGAUGGGACCCCUGGGUCUGUCCUUGUGCAGUAUGCUACCAGGGAGAGAUGCUGCGGACAUGGUCUGGAUUUCCUGGAAACGAGUGCUUCAAAUGACGUGCCUGGAUUAAAGCCGUCUGGAAGUCCUGGUGCCGAUAAAGGAAAGACAAUCAGAAAAGCAGCUCUUAAAGAAAGUCUAAGAGUGGGAUGCUGGAAUGUGAGGUCCCUUUAUCAAACUGGAAAAUUGGCCAAUGUCAUCAGAGAAAUGAAGAUUCUGGGAAUAUCGAUUCUUGGUAUUUCCGAGGUUAGAUGGACAGGAAGAGGCGAUAUAAAAACAGAAGAAGGAUUCAGAUUCAUAUAUUCAGGAGGAAAGGAACAUGAACGAGGAGUUGGAUUUAUCCUUGAUAGGAAAACAUCAUGUAAAAUCGACGGAUAUUGGCAAAUAUCGGAUAGAGUCAUUGCCUUGAGGAUCAAGAUGAAACCAAGAGAUAUGUUGAUUAUCCAAACAUACCUACCUACUACAGAUCACACAGACGAAGAAGUAGAGGAAGUAUAUCAGCAAAUAAACCAAUGUAUUCAAGGAAAAGAUAAUAGAGAUAUUCUCCUAAUAAUGGGGGAUAUGAAUGCAAAAGUUGGAAGAGGAAGAGAAGGAAUUGUUAUUGGCCCCUGGGGACUUGGAGAACGUAAUGAUAGAGGUGAAAGAUUGAUUGAUUUCUGUAGGGAAAAGGACUUGACUGUGAUGAACACAUGGUUCAAACAUCACGAAAGAAGACUUUAUACGUGGAAAGCCCCAGGAUCAAGGGGAAUCGAAGUUAGAAAUCAAAUAGAUUUUAUUUUGAUUAAUCAUAGAUACAGGAACACAAUUACAAAUAUAAAAACAUAUCCAGGGGCGGAUUGUGGCAGCGACCACAACCUCUUGCUCUCCGUGAUCCGAGUUAAAUUGAAGCACAUAAAAAGAAAUAGAAAUGAUAAAAGAAUGAGAAUUGAUGAUUUGAAGAUUAACAACAUUAGGGAAAAAUAUGAGAGUAUGACUAAUAAUAGACUUCAAAAUUUAAAUUUGGAAGGAAAUGUGGAAGAACUUUGGGAGAAUAUGAAAGGGGAAAUUAAAAAAAGUGCUUACCAGGUUUUGGGAGAGGAGAGAAGAAAAGCAAGAAGACCUUGGAUUACUAAAGAGGUGUUGGAGAAAAUGGAUGAAAGGAGAAGAUGGAAAAGUGCAAAUACAUUAGAUGUGUGGAAUCUGCGAAUAUCUGAGGUAUGAUAUCCGCAGGGGUGAAUGAAAAAUGAUUGCCACAAAAAAGGAGGAGACCAGUACUAUAUAUUACCUAACAAACUUUAUGCACCAAAUAUAUAUUUAUAAUUGAAUCACAAUACGAUAGGUCGGCUUAAGCCUGGCACAUGGCAGCUUACACAAAGCACAAAGGGUCUACACAAGACAAUCGAAGGACACACCUUCACUCAUGCACGCCAGGAACCAGAAUGAAUGGUUUCCGGUUCCCCACUAUAUAUAACUCCUCCACCACUCUCACCGUGCUGCCACACAAAAACCGCCCAAAACACAAAUAAAACCGCGCGUACAGCAAUCGCAAUGAUCGAUUACAUUAAUUACAUUGAAUA